UCGGGAUCAGCACCGGGGCACCAUGGCCGAAGAGCUGGUGCUGGAGACGUGGGACCUGCAGUGCGAGCGCAACGGCCGCGAGCACCGGACGGCGGAGAUGGGCUGCCAGCAGCUGGUGGUGCGGCGCGGGCAGCCCUUCACCAUCACCCUGCACUUCUCGGGCAGGGCCUACGAGGAGGGAGUGGACAAACUGGCCUUUGACAUCGAGACAGGGCCAUGCCCCAUCGAGACCUCCGGCACCAGGUCGCACUUCGCCGUGACGGACACGCCGGAGGAGGCGAGCUGGAGCGCGGUGGUGCAGGACCAGGACGGGGACUCCGUCUCGGUCUCGCUCUGCUCGCCCCCCGACGCCCGCAUCGGUCGCUACAGCCUGACGGUGGAGACCUCCACCGGCUACCAGGGCAGCAGCUACCACAUCGGGAGCUUCAUCCUGCUCUUCAAUGCCUGGCACCCAGAGGACGCUGUGUACCUGCGGGACGAGGAUGAGCGCCGCGAGUACGUGCUGUCGCAGCAGGGCCUCAUCUACCAGGGCUCCCGGGACUACAUCACCUCCACCCCCUGGAACUUUGGCCAGUUUGAGGAUGACAUCUUGGCCAUCUGCCUCGAGCUGCUGGACACAAACCCCAAAUUCCUGAGGGACCAGAACCGGGAUUGCUCCCGGCGGAACGACCCCGUGUACAUCGGCAGGGUGGUGAGCGCCAUGGUCAACUGCAACGAUGAGGACCACGGGGUGCUGGCAGGGCGCUGGGACAACCAGUACGAGGACGGGAUGAGCCCCAUGGCCUGGAUCGGGAGCGUGGACAUACUCAAGAGGUGGAAGAACUUCGGCUGCCAACCGGUCAAGUACGGCCAGUGCUGGGUGUUUGCUGCUGUGGCGUGCACUGUCAUGAGGUGCCUGGGCAUCCCCAGCCGGGUGGUGACCAACUACAACUCGGCUCACGACACCAACGGCAACCUGGUCAUCGAUCGCUACCUCAGCGAGACAGGGGAGCUGGAGCGGCGCUCCAGGGACAUGAUCUGGAACUUCCACUGCUGGGUGGAAUCCUGGAUGGCUCGCCCAGACCUGGCCAGGCCCAGCUACGACGGCUGGCAGGUGCUGGACCCGACCCCCCAGGAGAAGAGCGAAGGGGUUUUCUGCUGCGGGCCGGCCCCGGUCCGAGCCAUCAAGGAGGGAGACCUGCAGCUCAAGUACGACAUCCCCUUUGUCUUCGCCGAGGUGAACGCCGACGUGGUGUACUGGGUGGUGCAGAACGACGGGACACAGAAGAAGGGCACCCAUUCCUCGGUGGUGGGGAAGAACAUCAGCACCAAGAGCGUGGGCAGGGACAGCAGGGAGGACAUCACCCACACCUACAAGUACCCGGAGGGGUCCGAAAAGGAGAGAGAAGUGUUCGCCAGGGCCGAGCAUGAGACCAGCUCGCUGCGGCAGGAGGACGAGGGGCUGCACCUCAAGAUCAAGCUGUCGGAUGGGGCCAACAACGGCUGCGACUUCGACGUCUUCGCCGUCGUCAACAACAACACAGCCACGGAGCGCCGCUGCCGCCUCACGCUGGGCGCCCGCACCGCCAGCUACAACGGCACCGUCGGGCCCCAGUGCGGCCUGAAGGACCUGCUGAACCUCACCCUCGAGCCCUGGGCGGAGCAGAGAGUUCCCCUGCGCAUCCUGUACGAGGCCUACGGGGAGAACCUGACCCAGGACAACCUGAUCAAGGUGGUUGCCCUCCUGACCGAGUACCAGACUGGUGACGUGGUUGUGGCUGUCAGGGAUAUCCUCAUCCAGAAUCCAGAGAUCAAGAUCAGGAUCCUGGGGGAGCCAAUGCAGCAGCGGAAGCUGGUGGCAGAGGUCAGCCUGGUGAACCCCCUCUCAGCCCCCCUCAACAACUGCGUCUUCAUGGUGGAGGGUGCCAACCUCACCGACGGGCAGCAGGUCAAGCAGCUCGAGGAGCCCGUGGAGCCGCAGGCGGAGGCCAAGGUCAGGCUGGAUCUGGUGCCGCGCCAGGCGGGGCGGCACAAGCUGGUGGUGGACUUCGAGAGCGACAAACUGCUGGGGGUGAAGGGCUACCGCAACGUCAUCAUCGCCCCCCAGCCCAAGUGAGCGGCCGCCGCCGCCCCCUCCCCGCCCGGCGCCUCCCCUCCGGCCCGGGGCCUCGCCAGCCCCUCGCUA